AUGAGACCUAACCUGGAGUAUCAGACGCAAGCCUGGCUUUCAAAGAUCAGGAAACAGGAAUUUGAAUACACAAAGAAGGCCUCAAGCCGUGAGGAUGCCCGCAACCACAGGCAGGUCGUGAUAAAUGCUACGGAAACACAGACCAGAACCAUUUACUUCUUAUCCAGGGAGGCGGCCGGCGGGGUCUGCGGGGGAGCAGCUCCCAGGCCGAUGCUGCUGCCGGCCUGGGAAACGCGUCUCUACGGACUCCUCGCCGUGGGCUCUCACCUCUAUGCUUUCUACGAAGCGCACCAAGUGUCUCGAAAGUAUGAAGCUGUGAUGGACAGAAAGUUUGGGCUGGAACCAGGGACUCUCUUCCAGGGCCUCAAAAAGGACCCCAUGGACUUUGAAUGGAGCUACUGGAUAGAAUGGGGAAGGGAACGUAUACUGUGGCUUCUGGCUGGUCACCUGCUGGUAUCACAAGUGUCCAGGCUCUUGGUGGAGAAGUAUAAACCGUGGUGCUUGAUGGUUUAUGGAAUGGCUGCCUGCUGGUUGUUACUGGGAAUCAAGGGCUUUGCUGUCAUUUUGUUACAUGCAACUAUUUCAUUUGCUGUGGCUCAGUUUCAGCUGUCGCUCCUGACAUGGUUGUGCUCCCUUAUCCUGCUGUCCACUUUACGCAUACCAGCUGUGGAAGAAGCCAAGAGGAAGUGGUACGACACCGAAAACGAGUAUUACCUGCUGCUCUUCACUGUGUCUGUCCGCUGCCUCUUCUGCACUAGCUUCAGCCUGGAGUACUGCUGGCAUGGACCUGCCCAGAAGUCAUCCCACUCAUUCCUGUGGAUGCUGGCAUAUGUGUUUUAUUAUCCCACAUUCCACAAUGGGCCCCUUGUGAACUUUGAUGAAUUCAGUAAGCAGAUGAGGAGACAAGAAGCCUUCAGUUUGAAGACCAAUCUCAGCGUCUUAAUUGUGGGCAUAAUUCGUAUUUUCUUUUGGUGGUUCCUGGCUGAGCUGAUGAUUCACCUCAUGUAUAUCCAUGCUCUCUACAGCAGUGCUCCACCUUUGGAAGCUGCGUCAUACUGGGCCUUGGGUGGCCUGGCUUUAGCUCAAGUACUGUUUUUUUAUGUGAAAUACCUUGUUCUGUAUGGUGUUCCUGCCCUCCUCCUUCAAAUGGAUGGACUCAAACCUCCAGCUCUGCCUUGCUGUGUGAGCCUGAUGCACAGUUUCACUAAAAUGUGGAGAAGUUUUGACGUUGGGCUACAUCGCUUUCUGGUCAGGUACAUUUAUGUUCCAAUGGGAGGAUCUCAGUCCAGUCUGCUGGGAACGCUCUUUUCCACAGCCCUCACUUUUGCCUUUGUAAGCUAUUGGCACGGAGGACAGAGUUAUCUGUGGUACUGGGGCGCACUUAAUUGGCUUGGAGUAAUUGUGGAAAGUGGCGUCAAGAGGAUACUUUCUGUUUCAGUUAUUCAAGAUUUAAUUGAGCGUUUCUUCUCACCAAGAAUUCGUCGUCGACUUCAUGCUGUUCUAGCAUCUGUUAGCACUUCAAUGUUGAUUUUAUCAAAUCUAGUAUUUCUUGGAGGAAAUCACGUUGGAAAAAUCUACUGGAACAGGAUCUUUGUGGAAGGUGUUCAGACCUUCACCGAUACCGUGUUAUCUCCGUAUACCUUCUAUUCCUAUUACGUCCAAGCCAGCAAUGUUCAUGGCUUUACGAGAAGUGCCUCAGUGACAUACAGAACAAAAUCUGGGGCGCCUCCAGGAAGCUUGCAUUUAAAUCCCGUCUCUCCUGUUAGCCACCACUCUGUUUUACUUUACUGGACGAGCCUCUCCAAUGACUCUGGGCCCAUAGAGAAAUACAUUUUGACAUGUACUAGCUUGGGUGAUCUUCAGCCUUGCGCUUGUACUAGUGGAGGCUGCUUAAAGAGCCAGCCAGUAACAGUAAUUACUGCACAAGCUCCUCCAGAAGGGCUACACCCGCCGAUGAUAGAAACCAUCAGCUCUACAGAACUGGCUGUGGAAUGGUCACCACCCGAGAAACCAAAUGAACCAUCAAGCGAGCUAGAACGUGCUCUGGAACAUGAUCUAGAACCAUCAAGCGAGCUAGAACGUGCUCUGGAACAUGAUCUAGAACCAUCAAGCGAGCUAGAACGUGCUCUGGAACAUGAUCUAGAACCAUCAAGCGAGCUAGAACGUGCUCUGGAACAUGAUCUAGAACCGCCAAGCGAGCUAGAACCUGCUCUGGAACCAAGCGAUCUAGAACGUGCUCUGGAACCACCUCCCUAUGAAAACACCAACUCCAGACUUCGUACCGGCUCUAGAACCACCCUAGCUCUACAACCAACCAACCCCCGAAAACCCACCUCUGGAAUGGACUCGAACUCUAGGGCCCCAGGUCGAACGUUGACAGCAAGCACGUUACUUUCCCCUUGUCAAGUACAGGGCUCAAGUACAGGGCAGAUCACCCAGAAUGCUGCUAUUGUAUGGCGAGCCAUACUCCCUGUCUCUCCACCAAAAAAUGGCAAUCUUUUGGAUCUUCUCCAGCUAAUCAGUGGAAAUGAUGGACACCUUGACAUCUUCAUUUGGCAAUAUGCUUUCACCAACAUACCAAAGGUUGCCAACCUCUAG